CCGCUGACCGAUUUCACAAGUCUUCCAUCCACUACAAAAAUGCGGUCUCAAAGGCGUCUGUGAUGCCAAUUCCUCGAGCAUCGCCGUAAGACACCCUUCAUCAUUUUCUCCGUCCUAAAACCUCUCACGUCACUCAAAUCUUCGUUGAACUACCAGUCUUCCACGUGGCUUUGCCAAAUCAUUUUUGCAUGUUGGUAAGCAGCCGUCUCCGGUUCCUUUCUCCCCAUAUUUCUUUCCCAUUCCUCUCCCUGCGAAAUCAUACCCCUUCAAGGCUUUCUUUCUCCGUUGCAGCCUCAGCCAUGGAGACGAGCUCGCCUUCUGCUCUAUUUUUAUGCGGUAAGUCAUCUGCGGAAACCGAAAUUGCCAAGUCAUUAAAAAUCAACAACGCUCUUAGGCUCCCAAACGGUGGCGAAGUUUCAACUCAUUUACGAUCAGAGAUUAGCAAUUUCCGAUUUGGUGAAGAGGCUUUUAAUGUCGAUUUGUUUCUGAAUUCGCUCUCGACUAACCGAUUCGGUCGGAAUCUUAUUUGGUCCCCGCGGUUGCCUUCCACGCACGACGUAGUUUCUCACAAUUUUUGUGAGCUUCCAAUUGGUGCGGCUUGUGUAGCUGAUGUUCAGUUUAAAGGGCGAGGUCGUUCCAAGAAUGCGUGGGAGUCUCCGAGGGGAUGCCUUAUGUUUUCAUUUACUUUAGAAAUGGAGGAUGGAAAAAUUGUGCCUUUGGUACAAUAUGUAGUGUCUCUAGCUGUGACGGAGGCUAUAAAGGAUAUUUGUGAUCGGGAAGGCUUCCCAUGUCUUGAUGUUAGAAUCAAGUGGCCAAAUGAUCUGUACUUAAAUGGCCUUAAAGUUGGAGGCAUUCUCUGCACAUCAACGUAUAAAUCAAAGAAGUUCAAUGUCAGUUCUGGUAUAGGUUUGAAUGUUGAUAAUGAGAAACCAACGACAUGCUUGAAUGCAGUAUUAAAAGAGCAGUCUAGUACUUCUAACAAAUUUAGAAGAGAAGAUAUCAUGGCUGCCUUCUUUAAUAAAUUUGAGAUGUUAUAUGAUAUUUUCUUAAAUCAAGGAUUUCAAACUCUUGAGGAGCUUUACUAUAGAACAUGGCUUCAUAGUGGGCAGAGAGUUAUUGUACAGGAAAAGAAUGAGGAUAGAAUUGUGGAAAAUGUGGUCACUAUCCAGGGUUUGACAUCCUCAGGGUAUUUGUUAGCUAUUGGUGAUGACUAUCAAAUGUGUGAACUCCAUCCUGAUGGAAACAGUUUUGACUUCUUCAAAGGGCUGGUCAGGAGAAAACUUGAAUGAAGAACAUUCCACAGCACAUUCAACCGGAGGCAAACUGUCAUGUUGUAACAUGUGCGAAACACAGGCUGCAUUCUUUCUUUUCUUUUUAUGUGCUUUUUAAACCAAUGUCAUUAUACACAAAAGGGUAUCCAUUUUUUUUUAUUUAAUUUAAUUUUUGUUUGAA